CCACCAUCUCCGAUAUGUCUCUCCAUUUUAGCAGUUGAAAACUACAACUCCCUUAGCAUACAGUGCCUGUCAUUACUGUAUUGUGCAUGGCUUCUGUUGGUAAGAAUAAAAAGAGGUCGCCAAGCAAGCCUCAAACAGGUAGAUCAUUAAAUGGUUUGAAGAGUUCGCUAUCGUAAUUCACACUUCGGUUCAUGAUGGAGAUGGAGGAUGGCAGACCUUUGUACGAGCAGAGGUUUGACGCCGCUGUCAAAGUUAUACAAAGCUUGCCUCCAGACGGUUCCUUUCAGCCCUCUAAUGACAUGAUGCUCAGGUUUUACAGUUACUACAAACAAGCCACACUUGGACCCUGCAACAUACCCAGACCUGGCUUUUGGGAUCCGGUGGGAAAAGUGAAAUGGGAUGCAUGGAGUGAUCUGGGAGAUAUGCCCAAGGAAGAGGCUAUGACCGCUUACGUUGAUGAAAUGAAGCUGAUCCUUGAGGGCAUGCCCUGUACAGAUGAGGUAGAGCAGCUUCUAAAGGUGCUGGGCCCGUUCUACGAACAGGUGGAAGAGAAAAAGCAGAUACAUCAGGUGUCAGACCUGUCCGCAGCCCGUUUGACAAGGUUUGCUCGGCAACUUGAAGGUUUUGGAACCAUGCUAACAUCAGCACCUUCAAAAAGUGUCACAAAGAGCCUCAUUAGGACAAUGGAAAUGAAUGGCACUUUGGAGACACGGCAACCCAGACAGGCUGUUGAACCUCCGAAGCUCAAAGUCAUGGCACUGAAGGAACAGGGGGAGGAAGAGGAGUUUGAGUUUGAUGAGGAAGAUGAGAUGGAGGAUAGAAAAUUAGAAAUUGUUGAGAUAAAAGAGGUGAAAAAAGCCUCAGCCCCACAGCCGAAGAAAAAUGGCUCAUCCAGGAGACCUAAAGUACCCCUGUCCAAUGGUAAUGUGUGGAAUGGAGUGGGCCACCUCCCCAAUGGGACCCAUACCUCCAAGGCUGCACUGAACAGUGAGGACUCAGAGGAGGGCCUCACCAACAGCACCCUGCCCUUGGAGCCCCAUGUCCAAGUCAACGGCCACCACGCAGAUCUCGACGCGGAUGUAUUCAGGCCCUAUCGCGCGGCCAGUGACUCAGACAGCGAGGUCUACUGCGACUCCAUGGACCAGUUUGGCCUGGAAGAGGGCUCUGAGGCACAAACAGACCGCUGUCUGGAGCUGGAUGAGGAGCAUGAGGAAAAGGGGGGAGAGUCUUCAGGGCACAGUCCAGGUGCCCAGAAGGCCUUGCAGGGUAGCGGGGGGGACGGGGAGCGGUGGGGGGGGGCGCGGGGACACCAGGGCAGUCUGAAAGAGCAGAUUGUAGUGGCGCUGGCCAGACUGCAGGAAGACAUGCAACGUGUCCUGGAGAGACUGCACACACUGGAGGCCCUCACUGCAUCCCAGGCAAGGUCAUCGGUUCAACCAUACCCACCAUCACCCCUGGCAAAGAAUAGUAAGAAACCAUCCUGGUGGCCUUUCGACGUGACUCCCAGCACUGUAGCCUUUGCUGUUGUGUGGCCAUUUUUGGUGCAGUGGCUUAUCCGCCAAUAUCUUCAACGUAGGAGAAGACGAAUCAAUUGAAAAAUCUCCCAGCCCAAAUACACAAAGUGACGAGGAGAAGAUUCUCAGCAGUCUUUGGUUUGUUCCGGCACCUCCUUUAUGCUUUCCCCCACACCUCUGUAACUCUAGCUUUUGCGCUAUGAAGAUUGCA